AUGUGUAUGACAUGUCCCAUGACUCGAUCACAGUAUACAAACAACGCUCGUGCUGCGGUAACCUCGAACGCGGCCGAAUGUGCCGAAAUUGGGAUGAAUAUGCUAGAUCAAGGUGGUUCCGCCGCCGAUGCGGCUAUCGCAACCCUAUUCUGUGAAGGUGUUUCGAUCCCGCAAAGUAUGGGUAUCGGAGGUGGAUUUGUAUUGACCGUCUAUAACAAAGCUUCGGGCAUCGUAGAGUCCUUGGACUCGAGGGAGGUCGCUCCGGCAGCUGCUACCAAAAAUAUGUACGUCGGAAACGGUAAAGCCGCCAUCGAAGGUGGUCUAUCGAUUGCCGUUCCAGGAGAAGUUAAGGGCUACUGGGAGUUGCAUCAGAAGUAUGGCAAACUUCCCUGGAAAACGUUAGUGAAUCCAACGAUAGAUUUAUGCACCAAGGGGUCCCUCGUGACGGAUUAUUUGUCGAAAAUACUGUCUUCAGAGAAGUCUCUUAUAUUGACGUACCCUGCACUAGCAAAAAUUUUCAUCAACCCCGCAACUAAUGAUACCUGGAAGGUGGGAGAUCGCAUCAAGCGAUUAGCACUGGGGGAAUCCCUGAAAGUGAUUGCCGUGGAAGGAGCGAACGCGUUGUACGGUAAAAACGGUACACUUUUACCCAAAUUGAUGAAAGAUUUAAAAACUGUUGGCAGCAUCCUAACGGAGAAUGAUUUCUACAAUUACAAACCCGAAUGGCUUAAGUCAGCGCGAGCUAAACUACGCAAUCAUUACUAUCUUCAUUCCAUGCCACUACCAGGCAGUGGACCGAUACUCAGCUAUAUGUUAUCGAUUCUGGACGGGUACAAAGACUUGUCAUUGAAUGAUCCACUAACGUGGCAUCGGAUCAUCGAGAGCUUUAAGCACGGGUAUGGAUUACGUACGAAGGUGGGAGAUCCGCGUUUCGUCACCUCUGUAAACACGGUGCUUCAAAAGAUGACAAACAAAAACUACAUUGCCUAUAUUCGUGACACGAUAGUGAGCAACAUGACAUUCAAUAGUUAUGAUUAUUACGGAGCAGAUUUUGCUGGCCUGCAAGAUCAAGGCACCGCUCACAUCUCGGUACUAGCAGCCAACGGCGAUGCCAUAGCUGUAACAAGUACGAUCAACUAUCUGUUUGGGUCGUUAAUAGUUUCUCCUUUGACCGGUAUCAUCCUAAAUGAUGAAAUGGACGAUUUUUCCACGCCAGGUGUUGUGAACUCUUACGGUCUGUCCCCUUCUCCAGCAAACUUUAUCGUGCCAGGAAAACGACCCCUUUCCUCUAUGUCUCCAACGAUCAUAAUUGAUCGGCAGGGUGAUGUGCGGAUGGUAGUUGGAGGAGCAGGAGGAUCCAGGAUUACCACCGCUACGGCUUUGCUUAUUCUUCGGCAUCUGUACUUCAAACAAGGCCUCUGCGAUGCCAUGAACGCACCACGAAUUCAUCAUCAGUUAGCACCGAUGCAGGUUGAAUACGAGAAGGGAUGGCGAUCAUUUCUACUAGUCGUGUGUAUGACAUGCCCCAUGACUCGAUCACAGGAUGCAGACAAUAUGGGUGCUGCAGUGGCAUCGAAUGCGGCCGAAUGUGCUGAAAUUGGGAUGAAUAUGCUAGAUCAAGGUGGUUCCGCCGCCGAUGCGGCUAUCGCAACCCUGUUCUGUGAAGGUGUUUCGAUCCCGCAAAGUAUGGGUAUCGGAGGUGGAUUUGUAUUGACCGUCUAUAACAAAGCUUCGGGCAUCGUAGAGUCCUUGGACUCGAGGGAGGUCGCUCCGGCAGCUGCUACCAAAAAUAUGUACGUCGGAAACGGUAAAGCCGCCAUCGAAGGUGGUCUAUCGAUUGCCGUUCCAGGAGAAGUUAAGGGCUACUGGGAGUUGCAUCAGAAGUAUGGCAAACUUUCCUGGAAAACGUUAGUGAAUCCAACGAUAGAUUUAUGCACCAAGGGGUCCCUCGUGACGGAUUAUUUGUCGAAAAUACUGUCUUCAGAGAAGUCUCUUAUAUUGACGUACCCUGCACUAGCAAAAAUUUUCAUCAACCCCGCAACUAAUGAUACCUGGAAGGUGGGAGAUCGCAUCAAGCGAUUAGCACUGGGGGAAUCCCUGAAAGUGAUUGCCGUGGAAGGAGCGAACGCGUUGUACGGUAAAAACGGUACACUUUUACCCAAAUUGAUGAAAGAUUUAAAAACAGUUGGCAGCAUCCUAACGGAGAAUGAUUUCUACAAUUACAAACCCGAAUGGCUUAAGUCAGCGCGAGCUAAACUACGCAAUCAUUACUAUCUUCAUUCCAUGCCACUACCAGGCAGUGGACCGAUACUCAGCUAUAUGUUAUCGAUUUUGGACGGGUACAAAGACUUGUCAUUGAAUGAUCCACUAACGUGGCAUCGGAUCAUCGAGAGCUUUAAGCACGGGUAUGGAUUACGUACGAAGGUGGGAGAUCCGCGUUUCGUCACCUCUGUAAUCACGGUGCUUCAAAAGAUGACAAACAAAAACUACAUUGCCUAUAUUCGUGACACGAUAGUGAGCAACAUGACAUUCAAUAGUUAUGAUUAUUACGGAGCAGAUUUUGCUGGCCUGCAAGAUCAAGGCACCGCUCACAUCUCGGUACUAGCAGCCAACGGCGAUGCCAUAGCUGUAACAAGUACGAUCAACUAUCUGUUUGGGUCGUUAAUAGUUUCUCCUUUGACCGGUAUCAUCCUAAAUGAUGAAAUGGACGAUUUUUCCACGCCAGGUGUUGUGAACUCUUACGGUCUGUCCCCUUCUCCAGCAAACAUUAUCGUGCCAGGAAAACGACCCCUUUCCUCUAUGUCUCCAACGAUCAUAAUUGAUCGGCAGGGUGAUGUGCGGAUGGUAGUUGGAGGAGCAGGAGGAUCCAGGAUUACCACCGCUACGGCUUUGCUUAUUCUUCGGCAUCUGUACUUCAAACAAGGCCUCUGCGAUGCCAUGAACGCACCACGAAUUCAUCAUCAGUUAGCACCGAUGCAGGUUGAAUACGAGAAGGGGUUCGAUUCAAAUGUGGUAACAGAGCUCGCUGCUCGCGGACACAAGAUUCAAGAGACUAAAGCAGAUUUUGGUUUUGCGGCCUUAACAGCGAUUGCGAAACAAGGAGACACGGUUUCAGCAGCUUUUGACAGACGGCGAGGUGGUAGUGUGUCAGUGCGACCGCACAAAACUGAGUUAGACUAUUGUAGAAACUACACUAGAUACUGA